AUGGGGUUGGAGGGUGGGGUGAUGGGGAGUAGUGGUGGUUGGGGUGGGGUGGUGGGAGGGGCAAGGGAUGGAUGGGGGAGGCGAGAGUGCGUGGGUGUUGGGUGUUGGGAUUGGAGAGGAGACAAUCAGCGUGAAAUGUCACUUAUGGAACUUAUAGAAGAAGGGAGGAAAGCCGAUCAUCAAAUCGAGAUAAAGGAAACAAAUGGUCAAGAUCAGUUAGUGUUACAAACAAAGAAAUCCUCAAAUCAACUCUUUGAUGAAAGAUUUAAGGAUUUGGACAAUACAUGCAUCAGAGCUGCGACCAUAUUCAAAGUAAAUGUGGGGCUACAAAAAUCAAAUCCAGAUGCUUAUAUGCCAUUUUUGAUCUCCAUUGGUCCUUACCAUAAAAGGAAUCCUGAACUUGGCUCGAUGGAAAAAUACAAAUUGUUGUACCUACGACGGUUUCUCCGGCGGAAAGAGGGGCUUGAUAUGGAAAGUUGCAUUAGCACAUUGGAGAAAAAGAAAGAUGAAGCACUAAAGUGUUACGAUGAUAACCUUGACAGUGAUACUGUUUGCAAAUUUUCGGAAAUGUUAUUGCUAGAUGGUUGUUUUGUGGUUGAGUUUAUUCGAGAGCAUUGUGAAGUCGAGAAAAGAGAAGAUGGCGACAAAAUCAUCAACUUGCAAUGGAUGAUGGAUCAAGUAUGCCGAGACAUGGUGUUACUGGAAAACCAACUCCCUUUCUUUGUCCUCACCAUGCUUCAUGACAUGAAAAAGCAUCGUACAGAAGCAAGCUUCUUGUAUAUGGUGAGAGAGACAUUACUUAAUACUUUCCCAAAGGUGACACUUCUACCUAGAUCAGAAAUUGAUGAUUUUAAUGCAGAACGAGUCGACCAUUUAGUUCAUGCGGUACACAUGUUUUGUCGCCCAUCAGAGAUGAAAACUACGAAUGCUAGCAUGCGAAGCGAAUGUUGCAAGAUAAGUUCUUGUGGCAAGAUUUUGCAAUUAACCAGGUCAAAAGAAAUCCCCAAUGUCCUUGGUUUAUGGCAAUGCUAUCAUAUUCCAAGUGCAACAGAACUUUAUGACGCUGGAGUUAGCUUCUUAAAAAUAGGAUCUGAGGAAGAAAAUGAUGUGGAUAAAACAACAUUAUUCGAUUUCAAGUUCGAAAACGAAUUAAUGGAAUUCCCUUGUUUCACUAUCGAGGAUAGUACAGACACCUUCAUGAGAAAUUUGAUAGCUUAUGAGCAACACUCGUCUAACAUAUAUCCUUAUUUUUCAAAUUAUGCACAUAUAAUGACUCAACUUAUCCGUUCACAUAAAGAUGUGAAUUUACUUCGCCAAACUGGAAUCAUCCUUAACGACCUAGGAGAUGACAAAGAAGUGGCCAACAUCUUCAAGAAACUUUCAAAUGGGGUGACAGUCACCGACUUCUUUUACAGAGAAGAAUGCAGCAAAUUGAUUCAACAUUGUGAAAAGCCAUGGAAUCAAAUGAUGGCAAGUUUGAGGCACAAUUAUCUUCAAAGUCCUUGGGCAGGAGCUUCAACUAUGGCAGCCAUCAUACUUCUUAUACUCACAGUUAUACAAACUGUUCUAGCUUUUACUGGUGAUCAAGAAUUAUCUAUUAGUGUUUCACCUCAAAGAAUAAAGAAUAUUUUGAGUGAAAGCCAAAAUUUAGAGGACCAUUUUGGACCUUUUCUCAAUUUCGUUACCUCACCUCAUACGACUCCAUUUGAAGUUGGAGAAAGUAAUCAAAGAGGGAUGGCACACUGUAUUGAGAUUACACCAAUAGAUGACCAAAGUCCACUGCUUCGUCAAACUACAAAAGAUGAGAAUCCAGAACUUGGUUCAAUGGAAAAGUACAAAUUGUUGUACCAACGACGGUUUCUCAGGCGGAAAGCGGGGCUUGAUGUGGAAAGUUGCAUUAGUGAACUUGAGAAACUGGAAGAUAAAGCACUAAAGUGUUAUGUUGAUAUAGGGGACGUGGACAGUGAUAUCGUUGGCAAAUUUUCAGAAACAAAGGGAGUUGAUGAAGUACCAUUCACAAAACUGCAAGUAGUACACAUGUCGUCUCACCCUUCAUACUGGAGUCCUAGGCGAGUGGUUAACCAUAAUAUGAAAAAUAUGUCAAUUGGUAAGAUCCACCAAACAUGGCAUGCCAACAUUCCGAAUGUAACGGAGCUUUGCGAAGCAGGGGUUAGAUUUUCAAAAGUUGGAAAUAUUUAUAGUGACUUUGGAGAUAGCAUAACUUUAUUUGAUAUUAAAUUUGAGAAUGGACUGAUGAAAAUUUCUUGGUUUGAAGUGGAUGAUAUUACGGAGACCCUCCUAAGAAAUCUCAUAGCUUACAAGCAACAGUCAUAUGACGAACUUCCUAAACAUUUCAGUGAUUUUGCAGUGUUCAUGGAUUAUCUUAUCAACUCAAACAAAGAUGUGAAUUUGCUUCGCCGUAAAGGAAUCAUCACCAACCAACUAGGAGAAGACAAUGAAGUCGCUAGCAUCUUUAAUAAAAUUGGGCAAGGGGUCAACGUCUCAACAGACUUCUAUUACGAAGACGAAUGCAGAAAAGCAAUUCAUCAUUGUGAAAAAACAUGGAAUCGAAUGAAGGCAAAUUUUCGGCGCAAUUAUUUGCAUAGUCCUUGGGCAGGAAUUUCAACUGUGGCAGCUAUCAUACUCCUCUUACUUACAGCUACACAGACAGUUUUAUCUUUCAUAAGCCUCCUUAAGUAGUCAUUGUAAUUAUAUGGAGUACUAUUUUUUAUUUGUUUUGUUAAUCCUUCCGCUUUGGUUCUCGUCACUACUCGAUUCAUGUAUGUAACUUGUAAUUUGAUGGGCCAAAGCUGAGCAAGUUGCAUAAAUAGUGUACCUUAGAAUAGUAUCUUUUGAGACUCAAAAUGAGGAAGAAAUAUUAAAAGGUCAGAAGUAAACUUAUUGGUA